CCCUUGUCUUAUCCCAAACAUUUCUCUCCCUCUCCCUCUCCCUCUCUCUCUCUCUCUCUCUCUCUCAAAGGAAGCUUCGUUGUUCUGUUUUCCUCUAUCACCGACCCUCUCCCCAACCUCGUCAAAACUCUAACCGUUUCGACAUAAUCAGUUCUGAGCACUUUAAACAGAGCGGGAUUUGCCUGUUGGUUUGGUUCCUUGAAUUCGAGCAGCCAAGUUUCAUGUCUGCGCUUGACAUCCAGAUUCCCAGUACCUUCGAUCCAUUCGCUGAGGCAAAUGCUGAAGACUCAGGUGCAGGGUCAAAGGAGUAUGUGCAUAUCCGUACACAGCAGCGUAAUGGUAGAAAAAGCCUGACCACUGUCCAGGGAUUGAAGAAGGAAUUCAGCUACAAUAAGAUACUCAAAGACCUUAAAAAGGACUUUUGCUGCAAUGGUAAUGUUGUGCAAGACCCAGAGCUGGGCCAGGUUAUCCAACUUCAAGGUGAUCAGCGGAAGAAUGUCUCUACUUUCCUUGUUCAGGCUGGUAUUGUGAAGAAAGAACAAAUCAAGAUUCAUGGUUUCUAAAUAGCAGGCAGAGGCAGCAGAUUGUUCCAAUGUGGUAGCAACUGCUGCUGUGUAUAUAUAUGUAUAAAAUUAUAGCAGGGGUCCUGAGCAUAGCCCUAAAUGCAUGUAUUUGCACUCCAUGUUUCAUUUGUAUUCGCAAUAAUAUGAUGGUUCCCCGAGUAUUUUUGGUUUCUCUCCUUGUCGCUGAUAUCCUUCACAAUAAUAAUUUACAUCUUUUUUCCCCCUCCCACCAA